AUGGCUUCUGCUGUUCCCACCCAAACCAUCGACGCCGAUGAACUUCUGUUAUGCUCGAUUCUCCACCGAACCGACUUCGCUUUGCAGAUAAACGCCAAUCCUAACGUAUGGGCGGAGGAAAUCACCUCCAUGCUUCACUCCUCCGCCGUCACUCUCCCCUCCGUCGAGCUUGCUCGCCGUCUAGUUUCUCAUUUCUUUUGGAACUGUCACGGUCCUACCGCUUGGAAGAUUCUUGAUGUUGCUGCCUCCCGCAAUAUCAUCCCUCCCUUGCUCCUCCUUGCUCUUCUCUCCACCAGGAUUGUUUAUUGUAGGAGACUUCAACCGAUAGCUUAUAAACAUUACUUGGAACUCGUUAAGCUACAUGCGUUUACGCUGGAAACUCAUUUCAAUUCUCCUAAAAACCAAAUGAUUAUGGAAUCAAUUGAUGAUGUUAUUAAGCUUUCUCAAAUAUACGGUCAAAAGGAUUGUGAACCAGGAGUUGUUCUUGUGGAAUUUGUCUUCUCAAUUUUAUCGCAGUUGCUUGAAGCAUCUUUAGAUGAUGAAAGGUUAUUAUAUAAUAUUCCAGAGAUUAAGCCAAGAUGGCUAAGCAAUUCACAUGAUAUGGAUAUUGAUGUGCCUGACUGCAACAAUAGAAUGCAUCGUAGGCAGAAGGAGUGGUUGCUGAGGGAAAAUACAAAGUUGGCUAUUGAAAUCAUUGUAGAAUUUUUGCAGAAUAAAAUGACAUCAAGGCUUCUUUCCUUAGUUCAUCGAAACAUGCCAUUACACUGGGGAUCUUUCAAUUACCAAAUGCAGUUGCUUGCAUCAAACUCUUCACUUUUGAGGAAUUUGAAACAUAAUUCAAACACCCUUUUAUCUUUAAUGGAAAAUAUCCGUGUGGGUGUAUCUCAUGAACGCAAUACAAAAUCUAAGCUGGAGUCUAAUGUAGUAGUCACACCUACUGGUUCUCAAAUAUCUUUUGCUGGUCAAUCUUAUGGUAGUAGUUGGUCUUCACUAUGGCUUCCUAUUGAUCUUAUACUUGAAGAUGCUUUGGAUGGAGGGCAAGUAGCAGCUUUUAGUGCUAUUGAAAUUAUUACUGGUUUGGUAAAGCUUUUACAUUCAGUAAGUGGCUCUAAGUGGCAAAAUACAUUUUUGGGUUUAUGGACUGCAGCACUACGGUUGGUUCAAAGGGAAAGGGAUUCAAAAGCAGGCCCUAUACCUCGUCUUGAUACCUGCAUGUGUUUGCUGUUGAGCAUUACAACCCAUGUGGUUGCAAAUAUUGUUGAAGAAGAAGAAAGUGAGUUGAUUGAAGAAGCUGAACGCGGCCCUUCAAAUCAAGGAAAAAGUAAACAGGUUCUAGGGAAGCGUCGUGGGGAAUUGAUUACUAGUUUGCUGUUAUUGGGUAAUUCUCAGUGUUUGCUUAUUCCACCUCAAACUGCUCUCAUGGAAACCAAUCAAGCUGCCGCCAAGGCUACUAAGUUUGUAUCACGAAACCCUGUGGGUAGUGGGUACGUAGAAUCAUUGACCAUGGAUGACUUGCCUACGAACUGCUCUGGCAACUUACUGCAUCUAAUUGUUGAGGCAUGUAUUGCAAGAAAUAUACUCGACACAUCAGCAUAUUUUUGGCCUGGCUAUGUGAAGCCCCGCAGCAAUCAAAUUCCUUUCAGCAUUUCUAACCAUGUGGAUGGCUGGUCUGCAUUGAUGAAGGGAUCACAGUUAACUCCUGGAUUAGUUGAUGUCUUAGUUGCAACUCCUGCUUCCAGCUUAGCGGAGAUUGAAAAGAUAUAUGAAAUUGCAAUCAGUGGUUCAGACGAAGAGAAGAUAUCUGCUGCUACCAUUCUGUGUGGGGCAUCUCUAGUUCGUGGAUGGAAUAUACAGGAACACAGUAUUAUUUUUAUCACAAUGUUGCUCACACCUGUUGGUCUGCCUAAUCACACUGAGACCGAAAGCCAUUUGAUCAACUUGCUCUCACAUGGGUCUCUGCCAAUAGUGAAAGACUUGCCCGGAUUGAUUCCAAUUUUGAACUUAAGAUGCACACGCUGCACUGAUCCCGACACGGAUGAAGUGUAUGCAAAACUAAGGCUCUUUCCUCUGCAACCUAGCGAUGUUAAUUUUGAUGGUGACACUGUUGCUGGCGUCAAUGAUAAUCUGAUGCAAUCCUAUACAAAGACCUUGACACAAUCUGAUGCAAAUAAUGGUGGUUUCGCUUGUCCUAAGAAUUGUACAGAAAUAAUUCUUCCUCCAUUAGACUAUUCAGAUAGGCUUCCUUCUCAGGAAAACUGGACUAGGGGGAUUCACUUGUGUUUGUGA